AUGCUUGGCGGUGACGGUGAACGUGGCGGAUUAUCACCGCGAAUACUGUUGACAGCGGCAAAUAUGGUCCGUCAGCAAAGUGAUACAACCGGUGUACGACGAUUGGUCCGUGGGGUUGCCAUCGAGGACGAUAGACCACAAACCAGCACUAGUCAUGUAGGUUCUCUUAAUCGAUUUAUUGAUUUUCUCUCAUUUUUUCUUGCGUUGGAGCUUCUUUGA